AUGGUUGAAAUGAUUGCUGAGUUUGAUCCAAUAAUGAAUGAGCACCUUCGGCGUAUUAAAGACCAUGAAACUUAUACUACAUAUCUCGGUAGCAGAAUUCAAAAUGAAUUGAUAGAAAUGUUGGCAGGUGAGGUAAGAAAGAAAUUACUUGCAAAAGUCAAAAAGGCCAAAUACUUUUCAGUCAUCUUAGAUUGUACUCCAGAUAUUACUCAUAAGGAGCAAAUGUCUCUUGUCAUACGAUGUUUGGAUGAGUCAGAAAAUUCAACAAAAGUGAAAGAAUACUGGAUAGAAUUUUUAGAGGUGGAUGACACUUCUGGGCUUGGACUUUUUAUGCAUCUUAAGGAUGCUUUAAUCCAUCUUGAGCUUGAUAUUGAUGAUAUACGAGGUCAAGGAUAUGACAAUGGAUCUAACAUGAAAGGGAAACACAAAGGUGUACAAAGAAGGUUGCUUGAAAUAAAUCCCAGAGCCUUUUAUACUCCUUGUGGUUGUCAUAGCCUUAAUUUGACAUUAUGUGAUAUGGUGAACUGUUGUCCUCAAGCUAUGUCAUUUUUUGGAGUAAUACAACGCAUUUAUACAUUAUUCUCCUCUUCUACGAAGAGAUGGAGAAUUUUUAAAGAUCAUGUAAAGGGUUUAACAGUUAAGCCAUUGUCACAAACACGCUGGGAAAGUCAUGUUGAGAGCGUGAAACCUAUAAAAGAACAAACUGCACGAAUUAGAAAUGCUUUACUUGACUUAACAAAUGAUACUGAAGAUCCCAAAACAAAAAGUGAAGCAGAGUCCUUGGCAUUAUAUGAACUUGAGAAGUUUGAAUUCUUACUUGGUGUGGUAAUUUGGUAUAAGUUGUUAUUCGCAAUUAACACUGUGAGUAAAUUUCUUCAAUCCGAAAAUAUGGAUAUUGAUGCUGCUAUCAAACUCUUACAAGGAAUUAUUAUAUUUCUUGAAGAGUAUAGAGAAUCUGGUUUUGAUAAGGCAAUGGUUGAAGCUAAAGAAAUGGCAACUGAAAUGGGCAUUGAAGCAGUAUUUCGAGAAAAGCGAGUUGUUCGUAGAAAAAAACAAUUUGAUGAAAGUAGUAGUACAGAAAUAGCAUUGUCAGCAGAGGAGUCCUUUAGAGUUAACUACUUUCUCUUUAUAGUUGAUCAAGCUCAUUCAUCAAUCGAGUCUCGAUUUGCACAAUUUAAAAAAUAUUAG